AUGAAAAUCGGUGUCAAGACCGAGAACCUAAUGCUAACUCAUCCGUGCAAAACCGUCUCAUUUAUCAAGUAUUCAGAAUCACUCGGAAUUGAUUUAAUGGUCUUUGACUGCGAGGAAGAGUUAAUGAAAAUCCAUUCAUUAUAUGCGACCACAAGACUAGUGCUGAGGAUUAAAGUGGAUGACAAGGAAUCGCAUAUUAAAUGCAAUUAUAAAUUCGGGGCUCAUUUGCAAGAAGUCGAGAAUUUGCUAAUAAAAGCCAAGUGUUUUGGGUUCAAAGUAAUGGGUAUCGCAUUUCAUGUGGGAAGUGGAUGCCAUAACUUAUACUCCUAUGCAUUGGAUGUUAUCCGUAAACACGAAAAGUGGUGUCAAUUGCUUCCUAAUGUUAAACCAUAUUAUGCCGUCAAAACCAAUCCUUUCCCACUCUUAUUAGACAUAAUGAUAGGACUGGGAGCUGGAUUUGACUGUGCUAGCCAGCACGAAAUGAAAUCAGUGUUGAAAAGGGGUGCGAAAGCAGAGGAUAUAAUAUUUGCAAAUCCGUGUAAAAGUGAUUCAUGUAUUAAGUACUCGAAGGCAGUGUCCACUGAUUUAAUGACUUUUGACAACUCGGAAGAGUUGACAAAAAUGCAUAAAUUGUAUCCAAAGGCAAGGCUUGUGUUACGAAUCAAAGUGGACGACAAGGAAUCGUCUCUGAAAUUGAGCGAUAAAUUCGGAGCCGAUAUCCGAGAAGUGGACGCUUUGCUCACGAAAGCCAAGUCUCUGUCACUGAACGUAAUGGGAAUAGCCUUUCAUGUAGGCACCGGCUGUCAGGGAAGUGAGUCCUUCCUCAAGGCUAUAGAGUUGGCGCGACAGGCCUUUGAUAUGGCGUUGGAUAUGGGGUUUGACAUGAGUUUGCUGGACAUCGGCGGAGGCUUUCCCGGAUGUGACACCACUUAUCACAUGAAAGUGGUGGACAAAAGGGCCACUUUUGAGGAGAUGGCUCACGUGAUCAACAAGAGUUUGGACACACAUUUCCCGAACAAUAACGUGACAGUGAUUGGAGAGCCCGGCCGUUAUUACUGCGAGUCUGCCUUCACUUUUGUCACUCGUAUUGUCUCCAAAAGAGUUGUCGUCCAUUCAAACGGCGGCAAAGAUCAAAUCCGUGUAAAAGUGAUUCAUGCAAGGCUUGUGUUGCGAAUCAAAGUGGAGGACAAGGAGUCAUCUCUGAAAUUGAGCGAUAAAUUCGGAGCCGAUAUCCGAGAAGUGGACGCUUUGCUCACGAAAGCCAAGUCGCUGUCACUGAACGUAAUGGGAAUAGCCUUUCAUGUGGGCACCGGCUGUCAGGGAAGUGAGUCCUUCCUCAAGGCUAUAGAGUUGGCGCGACAGGCCUUUGAUAUGGCAUUGGAUAUGGGGUUUGACAUGAGUUUGCUGGACAUCGGCGGAGGCUUUCCCGGAUGUGACACCACUUAUCACAUGAAAGUGGUGGACAAAAGGGCCACUUUCUCGGAGAUGGCUCACGUGAUCAACGAGAGUUUGGACUCACAUUUCCCGAACAAUAACGUGACAGUGAUUGGAGAGCCCGGCCGUUAUUACUGCGAGUCUGCCUUCACUUUUGUCACUCGUAUUGUCUCCAAAAGAGUUGUCGUCCAUUCAAACGGCGGCAAAGAAAUGAUGUAUUACUUGAAUGCCAGCACUUAUGACGCCUUUCUAAACGUUUUCGUGGAGCACAAGAUCCCGAAACCCAUACCUCUACUCAAAGACCAUUUGGAGCCCAACUCCCGGCACAUCUAUCCAACCACUCUCUGGGGCCUCACUUUUGAUGAUAAAGACUGUAUUCGACGAGACUUUCAAAUGAUUGAAAUGAAUUGCAAGGAAUGGCUUGUGUUUGAGGACAACGGCUCUUAUACCCAACAAUUCAGUGGCUUUUGCUUUCGAUACAGUCCUCCCCCUCAGUAUAAAGUGUUUGUCUCCAAGUAUGCAAUUAGCGAGUUGAUAAAAAUGAACAAUUGGACCAAGAUAAGCUCAUGUUUGGUUCAAUUGUGA